UUCUCAUUUUGUUCUGAUUUAAUGUUUUAAUUUAAUUUAGUUAAUUUGUUUAAAGAUGACACAACAUAUAUCCGACCUCUGCUUGGAAUUACUCUCACUGACCUUCUCGAGUUAUACAGGGCAUUGAUCUGGAUUGAAUGCCUUCCUUUAUUUCUUGAUUAGUUUAUUAAUUUGAUUUUUAUACAGGUUUCACAUUGUCCACAUAGGAUUGCGUCUACCUGUAUUUGCUGUUUCUCAAGGUUUUUUUUUGGCAGAGGCCAAAAGGAUGAACUACAAUGCAAACACAAUUUUGAUUUUCCUCUUCAAAUAUCUCCUGAUAUUUUCUGGCUUUUUCCCCUUUGUCUGUCCUCAGGCUUCUGAAAACAGUAAGGUCAUCACAACAGUUACUUUCUGGCCUAACUCCAUGUAAUUAAUCUCUUAUUCCUACCUAGGCACAGGACAAGAUACAGGCAGAAAGGACCUUUCCUAUGCUUAUAAAAGCCUCGCAUUAUCAAAGAGCACUAUCACUCUUCCCCGUGUGGCCUGGAACAGGAUCUCUUGGGUUGUGAAAAUGGCAUUCUGGGCUUCUGUGCUCAUAGUCCUGAUGACCACUGUCCUGGUGGUGCUGUUCAGGUUGGGAGCCUUCCGCCAGAGGAGAUUCAAUGAGCCCCCUCUGGACAAAGGCCUCAUCCCCUGGCUGGGCCAUGCCAUGGACAUGUCUAGGAAUGCCUCCAGUUUCCUGAAGAAGAUGCAAGAACGUCAUGGGGAGAUCUUCACUGUUCAUAUUGCUGGCAGCUACAUCACCUUUGUCACAGAUCCUUUUUCUUUUGAUGUCAUUCUGAAAGAGAGCAAAAGCAGGCUGGACUUUUCUAAGUUUGCAUCUGAAUUGGUGUUCAAAAUCUUUGAGUUCCAAAUGCCGAAAAAUCAUAGAGGUAUGGUGAUCAAUAACAGCUCAAAGCAUUUGAUGAGUAUUGGUUUGGUUGGUUUGACCCAGGCCAUGAUGGAUAGCCUGCAGAUCCUGAUGCUACAGCCUGAUGCUGAUAAGAGACUAGGACCUCAGGAGUGGAAGCAGGAAGGGCUAUUUCAAUACUGCUACAAUACUGUUUUUAGAGCUGGAUACCUGGCCUUGUUUGGGAAUUUACCUACUAAUGGCAAAGCAGGCCAUGCUCAGGACCUGCUCCAAUCCCAGAAAGUCUUUGAAGAAUUCAGGAAAUUUGACAUUCUUUUUCCUCGGAUGUUUCACUCUGUGAUCCUGCCCAAGGAGAAGCAAGAAAUAAAGAGACUCAGAUACUUCUUCUGGGAUAUUCUCUCUGCAAGGCAGAUGCUGGAGAAGGAUAAUGUGAGUGGAUGGAUCAGUUCUAUUCAGCGGGAGCUGGCUGACUUGGGAGUGCCUGAGCUAGGACAGAGCCAGUAUAAUCUGAUAUUGCUCUGGGCUUCCCAGGGCAACACAGGUGUUGUGUCCUUCUGGGCCCUCCUCUUCCUCCUGAAGAAUCCUGAGGCUCUGAAGGCUGUGAGAGAGGAGGCAGAAGGAGUUCUCAGGAAAAUGGGGAAGGAGAUGAGACCAGGUGGGGCACCCAUCAUUGUUGAGUAUAGCAUGUUACAGCAGACCCCAGUGCUGGACAGUGUCAUGGAGGAGACAUUACGCCUGAGGGUUGCCCCUCUGCUGACCAGGGCUGUGAAGCAGGACGUGAUCCUGAAAAUGGAUAAUGGCAAGGAGUAUGCCCUCCGCCAGGGGGAUAGAGUUUGCAUGUUCCCCUACCUUUUCCUCCAGAUGGAUCCAGAAAUUUACCCAGACCCCACUACAUUCAAAUAUAACCGUUUCCUGAACCCUGAUGGCAGCAGAAAAACAACUUUCUAUAAGCAAGGGAGAAGGCUUAAAUCACACAUGUUACCAUGGGGUGGUGGCCCCUCCAUCUGUCCUGGGAGAUUCUUUGCCCUAAAUGAGAUGAAAAUGUUUGUGUUCUUGAUGGUCACACAAUAUGACAUAGAGUUAGUUGAUCAGGAUGUGAAGAUCCCUCCAAUAAAUGUGAAGCGGUUUGGAAUUGGUGCCAUGCAGCCAACAGAGGAUGUCCCGUUCCGAUAUCGGAUACGCUUCUAGCUUGAUGGUGAAAACAUUUGCACAAGAUCAAGGCUGCAGUGGGAUACAAUCAUGUUCUCCCCUCUUGACCUACCCACUCUUUCCCCAGAUUCUUCUCUCCUGUAACAUGGCUCUCAUCCUCCUCAAUCUCAUUAAACUGUUCUCCACUGCAUUUCCCAAUCAAUACCUCCAGUUGUCUUGUCUCAGACCUCUUUCAUGUUUGUAGCUUUUGCCACUCUUGACUAUCCCUUCCUUCUGAAGACUUUCUUCUCCCUCAGGUGCCUCUCUGACCCUCCUUUUCUGCUGAUGAGUAAAAGUUGUAGAGAGAUUGGUUUAAAUAAUAAUACAGUAAAUAAUAUCUGAAUAAUAUGGUAAAAAGCCUCCAAACUCUUGGGGGUCCCAUGGUAUAAUGGGCUGCAGUGGAACUAGAGUGGUGGGGCAGUGUAACUGAAGGUCAGCAAUCAAAGACUGGCCAACUCCUUUGCAGGGAUGUUGUACAGGGGAUUCCUGCUUGAGUUCAAGUCAGACUAGAUGGCCUGCUGUCCAUACCCCACCUGAAAGGAGCCAGCUCUUUACUGGGGUCCAGAGGCGAUGGUGGAUCUGAGCAUGGACAACAUCCAGAUACUUCUCCAGAUUCAUG